UCACUUCCGUCCGGGCCUGGCCUAGGUGCAAGGCUCCGCGGGCCGCUUAGAGGAGGGCCCGGAGGUGGCGGCCGUGGGAGGGCGGAGGCGACGCGCGAGGCCGAGCAGCUCCAAUCCCGACCCAUCCUGCGUCCCGGGCCGCCACCCCUGCUCCUGCAGCGCUCCGAGAGGCGAGGCCGGCCGGAUGGGCCGCUGAGCCCGCAUCGGGGACCGCGUGGAGCCCCCUUCCUCCUCUCCAGCUUAAAUCAGGAUGUUCCGUUUCAUGAGGGACGUGGAGCCCGAGGACCCAAUGUUCUUGAUGGACCCCUUUGCUAUUCACCGUCAGCAGAUGAACCGGAUGUUGUCCGGUGGCUUCGGCUAUAGCCCCUUCCUCAGCAUCACCGAUGGCAGCAUCCCCGGGGCCAGGCCCGCCAGCCGCAGGAUGCAGGCUGGAGCUGUCACCCCCUUUGGGAUGCUGGGAAUGUCCGGUGGCUUCAUGGACAUGUUCGGGAUGAUGAACGACAUGAUCGGGAACAUGGAACAUAUGACAGCUGGAGGCAACUGCCAGACCUUUUCGUCAUCCACUGUCAUCUCCUACUCCAACACGGGUGACGGUACCCCCAAGGUCUACCAGGAGACAUCUGAGAUGCGCUCCGCACCAGGCGGGAUCCGGGAGACCCGGCGGACUGUGCGCGACUCGGACAGCGGGCUGGAGCAGAUGUCCAUCGGCCACCACAUCCGAGACCGGGCUCACAUCCUCCAGCGUUCCCGCAACCACCGCACAGGGGACCAGGAGGAGCGGCAGGACUACAUCAACCUGGAUGAGAGUGAGGCCGCAGCGUUUGAUGAUGAGUGGCGGAGGGAGACAUCCCGGUACCGGCAGCAGCGCCCCCUGGAAUUUCGCCGACACGAAGCCUCAGGGGGAGGGGCACGAAGGGCCGAGGGGCCACCCCGCCUGGCCAUUCAGGGACCUGAGGACUCCCCUUCCCGACAGUCGCGUCGCUAUGACUGGUGAGGGCCCUGAGCCCUCAGCCUCUCCUGUACAGGCUGAGAGGCUGAGAAAUUAUCCCCUGAAAUAACUUUUUCCUCCCCAACCCCCACCCCCAAUUUAAUAGUAAAUUAACAGGCAAGUUGGCCCCCAUCCUCCCUGGGGAUCAAUCUCAGGGGAUCCUUUCACCGAACCCUCAUCCCCCUCUCUCCUCUCAAAACCCCAUCUUCGCCACGAGGACUCCACUUCUCCUGGAUCCAAUAACGAGUUUUUUCAUUUUGCUGCUCCCUCUGUCCAAUGCCUCACCUUGCCCAGGCGAACCUCUGCCCCGCAUUGGCAGAGAUCUGGGGCAAGCUCGGGGUGUCGGGCCGCCUCCCGCCGUCGGCUGCCCUGGAUCUCUGCCCGCCUCCUCCUCAGCUCCCUCC